AUGCGCGCCGCCAACGCAUAUCGCUCGCCUCGCCUCUGGCCCAGGCGGGCUGGCGAAGGGAGUCUGGUAGAGCUGCUGACGCCGUUCAACGGACCGACCCGCCGCACUCUCUUAAUGGGAAGUUUUCUCAGCAAGCUCCGCCCCCCGCAGCCGGCCCUCCUCCCGGAGGCCAGGACCCGGCGGAGAGGGCGUGACCGCCGCCCGGCCUUCCUCGCAGGCCGCGCUCGCCCCGCAAGCCCCGCCCCGCCGGCUCCCUCGGCCCGCCGCGAUCCCAUUCAGCCCUCAGUCCCCACUCCUUUCCUCGAGUCCCCUUGGAGGCCUUCCCGCCGGGUCUGUGGUACUUCACCACACCACUUUGGCAUAACACCUCCAAGACGAUACCCAGUCCAGCAGGCCCAGUAUUCCUGUGUGCUUCCCACGCUGUGCUGGAAUGGCGGUCACAGGAAGCGUGUGCUGUCUCCUGGUGAUUCCAGAGUGGAGUGCAGGCCUUCGACAGUGAGGAUCGCUCCUCCUGGGAGCAACCUGGCUAAUUUUCCAAUGUGAGCAUUGCUGAAGGAGAAGACUCCCACAGCGCAGAUCCAUAAUGCCCCAGACCCGUGGUCAAAGGAGGCUGUUCUGCAUGCCCUCGAACAUUGGAAGAGGAAGAGAAGGACAGUGGAGGAGGAGGAAGACCAAAGAUCUGCUGCUGCUCAGGAGGAUAAAAGAAGGUGCCAUGACAGCAGUGGGAGUGGUCAUUCAGCUUUAAAGCCUGUGGUGGCCAACGGAGUCCCUGCUGCUUUUGUGCCUAAGCCUGGGCCUCUGAAGAGAGGCCUCAGUUCCCAGAGCUCAGAUGGUGAGCUGCGUAAGAGACCCCUCACCUCUGCUGUGAGCUCCUUGACAAGCACGUGCACAUGUGGCGUCUGUAUGUCCAGCCGCAGUGCCAUUACCAGUUCCUACACUUCCACUGGAGGCAUCUCUCAGCUCCGGAAGAGGCGUCCCAGUGCCUCAACAUUCUCCAGCCCAGCCUCAUCCUGCUCGCAGACACCAGAGAGGCCAGCAAAGAAAAUAAGAGAAGAGGAUGUUUCUCAGGAAUCUGGCUCUUCUGCUCCGCUGGUAGACAAGGAGUCCCAGGGAGAACAGGUUGCAGAUACAACCACAUGUAGGGAGCAGAACUCCUGGGAUUCUCCAGCGACACCCAGCAGCUCCCAGCCACGCAGACGCAAGUUUCCCCUGGUGCCCUCCAGGCGAGGGAUCCCGCUGAUCUUGGUAUGGUCUGUCCACCCACCCCUGCCCACCCCAGCUUGGCUCCCCUGCAUCUCAGGAAUGGAAGGGCCUCCAGCUCCCUUGCCCGGCCACUCAAUCACGACCGAAGAUUAUGACCGGCAGAAGCAAGCUCAGUCACAGUGGCUGAAGAGGGACUUCGAGGAUAAGACUGAAACUGCCUCGAACUCUGACAGUGUGAACCCACCUGCCACUCCACCGGCUUCUACUCUCGCCCUGCCUGCUGCUGGGACUGCUGCUUCCUCAGCCUCCCCCCAAGCCCCAAUGACUAACCCACUGUUUCUCCCCAAGUACAUCAUCUUCCUGAAGAAGCCAAACCCCCUGGGCCUACCAUCUUUCCCAGCCACCACCUCACGCUUUGGAGCUACGACCCAGACCACCAGCAGCGGGACCAGUAGUUCAGUGUUUGGCGGCAGCACCAUCUCAUCGUCCUUCAUAUCUGGGGUGUCAGCAGGCCCCGCUGGCAGGGGCUUUGGGAUGAGCGUGGCUGCCCCCCACAGCAGCUCCACCACUGGGGCAUUUGGCUUUGGGGCAGGACAGAGUGGGACCACUGGCAGCAUGGCCCCUUUUGGAGGCUUGAGUGAGAACUUCCUGGGUGCAGCUGGCCAGAGCACACCCUUUGCCUGCCACGUGGCCAGCAUGCCUCAGAACACAUCUGUGUUUUCAGGCACAUCCACACCCACCUUUGGUCAGAACACCCCUGACCCUGGGGUGGGUGCAUCGGGCAGCAACCUCUCCUCUGCGGCGUCCUCAGCACCUGCCCAGGGCUUUGCUAGACCUGGAACCUUUGGGUGCGGUCCCUUCCUAUCUGGGAAAAGAAGAGGCUAAUAAGCACAAGAAAGAUGUGACCUCACUGGCAGUCAGGCGCUGCUGAGGAGCCAUUUCUGGCAGAACUUCUCCCAAGCCUCUGGAAAGCCAGGUGGCCUCCUGCCUCCCAAGGAACCCAGCCUGGGAAGCCCUGUUGAAGCACCCAGGGUUCUGUUGGCCUGGCCCUCCACAGGUUAUGGCACCCAGAGAAGCAGUCUCUGGUGGUAGUCUCCAUGAUGAGGUCCUUUUCCAUUGGUGCAGGAUCAGAGACCCCAGAAUUCCAACAGAAAAUGCAAGCGAUGAGUACAUUGGCAAAAGUAGCCUAUGUCCCUUGCCCCCACCCCGGACCCCGUACCCGGGUAUGUAGAC